AUGCCGGUCGCCCGACCUCAGAAUUCUUCGACGAUGAGCAAUAUGACUCUGUUGGCCGAUGCGUUUGGCUCAAAAUCUUCACAGUCCCUACCAACCGAUACUAGGCAGCCUCUUGUCAUUGGGAUUGCGUCAAUGUUCAUAGUCAUUACCAUUUUCUUCAUGGCAGUUCGAGUUUACAUUAGGGGCUAUGAAUUGAGAGCUUGGAGGCUAGAUGAUUCGAUGUAUGUGUGGUCUUGCGUUCUUGUCCUUGCUUACAGUGCCCUGACAUUAGGUAAUGCGACGCAAGGGCCCCUUGGCGUACACAUCUGGAAUAUGACGGCGGCCCAGUUCACCGCCAAUGGCCAUUUCGUGGUUGCUUCCGUUCUUAUGUAUCAAGUUUCGUUCAAUUUUGUCAAAGCGACAGUUCUCCUACAGUAUCGCCGGGCCUUUGCCGUACCUUACAUUAAACACUUUUGCGAUAUAUUUCUAUUAUUCAUCUUCUUAAUCAUGACCGCAAUGUUGAUUGCCUGCGGUUUGAUCUUGCGGGUGUUCUUGCAACCUGUCUAUAUACUAGACGGAGAUGAUUCGCGAUUUUUGAUCUUCGGUUAUGUCAAUGCCGCCGUCAAUCUUAUUACCGACAUCAUUAUUUUUAUUCUGCCUGUGCCUUUAAUAGCUCGAUUGAGUCUUGGAACGAUGCAGAAGGCUGGAUUGAUAGCAAGCUUUGGGGUCGGUAUCUUCACCUGCGUUAUUUCUAUUCUCAGAAUCACUAGUCUAUCUUUAGGCACAGAUACCUCCGACGUUAACUAUCAAGGUGUUCCUUUAGUUUUGUUAAGCGUUGCAGAACCGACCUCUGGAAUCGUUUGUGCCUGUGUACCGCUGCUUCGACCGUUUCUGGUCAAGUCAGGCAGCUCUCGAAUAAGGAAAUGCGGCAAACGAAAAACCUCAGGAGUCACUGACGACUCAAGCGCUCGAAAGGACCUGGAAGCCAGUAUGCCUCCACAGUCGCCAACGAGCUUACCAACAGCAUAA